CAGGAAUGUAUAUUAUUGAGCAGAGUACACAGUCGUCCAUACCAAGUAUAGCAUCGGUAUACCGUCAAUAGACUUGCUAUAGUAUCUCUGCAGCAAAAUGACAAAAAUCACGAAAGAUGGCAGGGUUGUCGAUGCCGCCCUGAAGAAGCGCCUGUCUACGACCCCCAUGGGCGACAUACCCUUUGGGCUAUUGUGUGUGACAGUACUUGAACAACUGACCGCCAUCAAGCCAGGUGUCACUGGACGUAACCAACGCAUCAGUGCUGUGCUGAAGCAGUUCUUCUCUCUCCUCCCCAAGCACGAUGCCACGGUCCACGAGAUUGUGCGGAUGCUGCUGCCACAUGUAGGUGGAUAUGUUUAA